CGGGGCGCUGGUGUUGAAUCUGGGCAAGGCGGCAAAGCUGCUGCUGCUGGCGGCCUUUGUGGCCAGCCGCAACAAGCCCACACUGGACAAGGAGCUCUUUGACUACCGCCGCAAGCCGGGAGGGGGGAGGCGGAGGGGGCAGGCGGGGGCGGGCAGGGCGGGGGCGCAGGAGCAGGAGGCGGACAGACAGGCAGAGGCUGCCAAGGAGGCUCGCCUAAAGGGCCCCCACGCCUUCCCCCUCACCCGCCUCACCUCCAUCUUCCACCGCCUCUGGGCCGCCGUACCCUCCCUCGAGGAUGACCUGUACGGCAACCUGUACGGCAGCAUCUUUGGCCGUACGGCAGGGGAGGGUGCAGGCGGCGCGGAUCCUGACUUGUUGGAUGUUGACUUGGCGACUGGGUUCCAGGGCGGGCGGACUGGGCUGGAGGCUGUGUGGAGUCAGAGUGCGGCCGUGUUGAGCACCGUCACCGGCCUGCAGAGCAUGGGCCUCCUCGCAAAGUACGGCGGUAGUGACGACCCGCUGGACCAGCCGCGCUACACCUGCUGCAUCGACGAGA